UAAUUUUACAAUACACACAUACACGAUACUGGUGUAAUGUUGUUGUGAAAUGUAUUUAUUUCCCAUAACAUGAGCAGAAAAUUAUUUGUUUGGAUCUAUUUGUUGGUACAAAUGGAACGCGGAUGUUUAUCUACUAAGCUGAGUUUCUGUGUGAUGCGGCAGGCGAGAUACGUCACGAGCGCGUCACACUUCCGCCCUUAGCCGAGCACUUCUUUGUAUUUUCGGUGACCGGGUUCGGCUUCGUACUUCGAUGGAGGCGACAAUGGCUUCAGCUCCGGUUCCUACCGCGCCGAACAGCGCUACGACCAACGAGGGUAUUCUUAUAGGCGAUAAGGUUUAUUCUGAAGUCUUCCUCACUAUAGAUAACUCGUUAAUCCCGGAGGAAAAGCUCUCCCCGACUCCGUCUAUGCUCGACGGCCUGGACCUGCACACCGAAACCGACCUCCGUAUCCUCGGCUGCGAGCUCAUACAAUCAGCCGGGAUACUUCUACGUUUACCACAGGUGGCAAUGGCAACCGGGCAAGUGCUGUUUCAUCGAUUUUUUUACUCGAAGUCAUUUGUGAAACACAGUUUUGAGAUUGUUGCCAUGGCCUGUAUCAAUCUGGCCUCAAAGAUCGAAGAAGCCCCACGUCGAAUAAGGGACGUGAUCAAUGUCUUUCAUCAUCUGAGGCAGAUCAGAGGAAAAAGGAGUGCAAGCCCAUUGAUACUUGAUCAGAACUACAUAAACACGAAAAACCAGGUGAUCAAAGCUGAGCGACGUGUGCUGAAGGAGCUGGGUUUCUGUGUCCACGUCAAGCAUCCGCACAAGAUCAUCGUCAUGUACCUGCAGGUCCUCGAGUGUGAGAAGAACCAAACACUGGUCCAGACAGCUUGGGUAGUCCAUGAUGGUAAGUGUCAUAAAGAACCUCUGAACUCUGCUCCUCCAACCACAUGACCCCAGGAAUCUGCCCCCCCAUUGGCUGCCCGUCUCGAGACGGCCAAUCCAGUGAGAGCUCUCUGCCCGAGAAUCACUGAAGGGGGCCUUUUCCAUCUGGCAGCAUCAUCUUGUUUUCUUGGGGUUAUCCAGAAGGAUUUGUAUUUUUUGUUUUGCUACAAGACUUUUUGUCCCUUUUAUUUAGUAUAAAUUCCACAUUUAUAACUGAAGUUUACCAGCAAAGCAAGUAGGUAUUGAACAGUGGUAUUUUUUUUCUUUUUCUUUUUUUUUUUUUUUUGGUAGUUAAAUGUACAUAUGUAUUGUGUGUUCACACUGAUGUGGUUUCUAGAAAUGUGUCUUCCAGGGAUCAUCCUGCACCAAGGAUCGGUUUCCUUUUUCCUCAUCACGUCAGGGCAUGAGCUCCACGUCUUAUAAACGUUUAGGCUUUAAAGGAGAAAUCCGCCCUGAACAACUCUGUAUAUUUAACAAAUUAACAUCUUUCACUGACUUGACCUACUUUCACUUUGGUUAACAGUUUCCUCCGUUACCCACAAUGCCGUUUGAUUACCCGCUGAUAGUGGUGCAGUGGGAUUUUUGCUGUACCUAAAGAGAGCGAUGCGGCGGCGCUUUAGUCUGUCCAGCUCCCUCAUCUGUGCACUCUGCUCACAAAUCAGCUUCCAAAGCGUCAACUUUAAUGCUAGUACUUGUCAUGUCGUAGCUAACUAGCCGAGUCGAGUCUCUGCCUUAACGUGUAGCUGCAUUGCAUUCUGGGACCUUCAGUCCAGAGAUUGCACCAACUUCUCCACUACUUCUCCACUUGAUUUCUCAUUUAUAUGUCAGUGGAAAAUGGUGAGUUUUUAGGAGCUGACAGUUGGAGGAAAAAAAAGACCAAAUUAUCCUCUAUGGGUAUAUUGGGGGGGCAGUCGUGGCCUAAUGGAUAGAGAGUCGGACUUGCAACCCGAAGGUGAACCUGAAGGUUGUGGGUUCGAGUCUCAGGUCCGGCAGGGAUUGUAGGUGGGGGGAGUGAAUGACCAGCGCUCUCUCCCACCCUCAAUACCACGACUGAGGUGAGACCCUUGAGCAAGGCACCGAACCCCCAACUGCUCCCCGGGCGCUGCAGCAAAAAAAGGCUGCCCACUGCUCCGGGUGUGUGUACACGGUGUGUGUGUGUUCACUACUGUGUGUGUGUGUUCACUACUGUGUGUGUGCACUUGGAUGGGUUAAAAUCAGAGCACAAAUUCCUAGUAUGGGUCACCAUACUUGGCCACAAGUCUUUUCAAAAUGUUUGAGAGAUUUUUUUUUUUUUUUGGUAACUACACAAGCUCAUCAGGGAGAGCACACUUUUCACAGUGCUAACAAAAAUGCAACACCAACCUGCAAAUUAGCACCAGAACCACAAAUCAUUCAAUACAAAUGCAUUUAAUAUGUUUCAGGGUGGAGUUUUCCUUUAAGUAAAAGAGCCUGAAGGUUAAUCUGGUGCCAGUUGUCUUUAUCUGUGAAGUAACUACUUUAGCGGUUAUUUCUGAUGUUCAUAAGCAGCUUCUGAGGAUAAAAUCACAUCAUCGUGCGUCAUUCCUUAAUGUAUUCGGAGCGCAUUGUAAUCCUACAGCUUGUGUCUUAUUCGACCUGUCUUCUAUCUGGUAGUUAGCUGUGUAUCUCAGGAGACGCUUGUUGGUCCGUUCUUUGGGUAGCUGCUGCUGUCCUAGCUGUGCUUUUGCUCUUUCGUCGCCCUUCGGCGCAUGCUGUCGCGUGUCGAGUUGCAUGAUAUCAUCCGUGAUCUGUGUUCUGCAGCCACCAGCUCCUUCUGUCUCCCCAUUUCACAUUAUCAGCCUCAUCAUUUGCAUUUGCCAAAAGGCAGCUCAACCCAUCGUUGCAGGUAACGCGGCAUCCGACGUUUCACGAGUCUCAGGCAAAAACAGAUGGGAUUGGACGCUUGCAUCGUAGCUUAUAGUUAAAUUACCUGAUUUGCAUGAAACCUCUGUGAUCGUAGUUUCUUUUAAAGCUCUUUGCAUGUGCAGGCAGUAAAUCAGGACUUUUUUUUUCUUUCUUUUCUUUUUUUUUUAUUGGGGGGUGGGGGUCAUUCUCUUUGUUAAUGCUUGUGUCCAGGAUUCGAGUGAACCAUUCCAGUGUGAACACGCUCUCAUCUGUUCUGCAUGUAUGUGUAUUUAAAAAAAAAAAAAAAGAAAAGGAAAAAACUGCCAAUGUUCAUGUUCAGGCAGCCAGGAGUGAGAGACAGAGAUUAAAGAGGGAGGGAAUGGACAAAGCUAAACACGAGUCUCCUUAAACGUGUCAUGAACACA